GACUUCGAUGCUUCUCCACCACUAUCACCCACCUCUACCGGAAUGUCAAUCAAAUGAAAACAAAAAAAAACUGCGUGAGAAAACUGAAAAGAACGGGCAAAAUCGGCUGAUUUCGAUGCAUUGAACGUGAAGCGGGGAACCGGAAACAGGAGGCACAGGAUCACGGAAACGGGCGCCAUGGAAACGGCCAGAAUGGAGACGGCGAUGGAGACCCACUUUAUGGCCAAAAUGGGGAAGUGGAUGACCCCCGAGGAGGAGGCGCGACAGAAGUUCAUCAUGCGGGAGCGGGAUCGCGAGCGGAAGCGGAUUAAGCGCAUGAAUCCCGAGUACCGGCAGAUGGAACGCGAGCGGGAUCGAUUUCGCAAGCUGACGCCCAGGCCCAGUCUGAUGACCCCCGAGGAGGAGGCGCGCCACAAGUUCAUCAUGCGGGAGCGGGAUCGCGAGAGGAAGCGGAUCAAGCGCCUCAAUCCCGAGUACCGGCGAAUGGAACGCGAGCGCGAUCGAUUCCGCAAGAAGGCACGACGUGCUAACUUGACCCCCGAGGAGGAGCUGCGCCUAAAGAUGAUCCAGAGGGAGCGGGACCGGGAGAGGAAGCGGAUCAAGCGCAUGAAUCCCGAGUACAGGAGGCUGGAGCAGGAGCGUGACAGGGAUAGAAAGAAGGCGCGGCGGGCCAACGAGGCCUUCAGGCAGCUGGAAAAGCUGAGGGACAAGAUCCGGAAGGACCGGAAGAAAGGCCUACUCGUAACGGAUCCCGCGCAAUUACCGCCGGAGUUCGCGGCCAUGAUACCGCCAGUGCCUGUGGUGAAGCCCGAGGUGGGUGUGCCACCGACCCCGCCCCAGGGUCAGCAGCCCUCGCCACUGCUGCAGCAGCAGCAGCAGCAGCAGCAGUUGCAGCAACACCAGCAGGUGCAGCAGCAGCAACAGCAGCAGCAGCAUCAGCAACCUCCGCCCACGCAUCUACAGGAGCAGCAGUUGAGUCACCAGCUGGCGCAUCAGCGGAACCGCAUGAUGACCAGCCAGCUCACCCAGCUGGCCACGCCCCCCGCCCAUGCCACGCACCUGCAGCAGCUGAAUAAGCUGCAGCAACUGUACCCGCCUCGGAGCUUCGGCCAUCCCGCAUUGCCCAUCGCUGGAGUGACGCUGAUGCCGCAGCUCUGUCACCCCAUCCUGCAUCAGAACCUUAGUGCCAGUCUGUACCCGGGUCCGCCGAAUGGCAUCAAGCAGGAGUACGGGCAGGACAUUUCCGCCUCGGCCAUGGCAGCAGCUCAGGCGGCGGCACUGGCCUCACUGAGGAAUCCGCAGCAGCAGCAGCAGCAGCAGCAGCAGGAUGAUGCCGAAAUGGUCAUUAACCUCGAACCGGAGAUCGUACUCCAGACCGGGCCCGAUGUGAAUCCCGCGCAGCCACCGCCACAGCAGCAGCACCAUUUCAGCGCCCAUCAGCAACAACAGCAGCAGCAGCAGCAGCAACAUCAUCUCCAGCAGCAGCAGCAUUGCAACAUGUUCCAGCAUAUGGCACCCCAGGCGCACAUGCAACACAUGCGAUCGCUGCCGCCACCGCCCCCGUUGCCCCUGCCGUCACUGCCGCCCCCGCCACCUGCAACGCACCAGCAACAGCAGCAGCAGCAGCAACAACCUGCCGCCCCACAGCAACUGCAGCAUGCACCGCAGUGAGGGGUUCUCACCCGUAGUCCUAAGCUCAACUCUCUAGCCAGCUAAACGCAUCCGAAAGUUUGAGGGCACACACGCCUGGAGUUGUGAUCUAACUAGUUAUGUGAUUCUCAAAUCCCAUUUACCGAGCAAGAAAUGAUUUUGGCGAAAUCUUAGUACAAUUUUUGUAUGCUCCCAAUCAAAACUUUCUACUACUUUCUACCCUGAGAAUGAUUUAGUAGGAAAACAGUAAAAGUGCUGUUUAAAAACCAACUUUAAAUAACUUAAUUCCCUUUUUAUUUUUGGAGCAAUGGAUAUUUUCAAAAGUAUUUUUUUUUCAUGUUUGUCUUUGUGUUAACGAAAAAAUUAUUUUCUAUAUAUAUAACCGAUACAACACUUUUAAAGGCUGCCUUUUUGUCACACAGCUUUAAAGCAUAGAAUAACAGAAACUAUCAAUAUAUUUGCAACCUUCUCAAAGGCCAUAUUUAGUUAAUAACUAUUUUUCCACCAAUAGCAUAUGACAGGAAUCAGCUACAGGAAAACCUUUUUCGACUUUCCAAUGAUAAGACGUUGUGAUAAAACGAUAAAGCUUAAAUACUCAUCAGAGUUGAGGAAACUUGUGGCAAAACUUAUUGCGUAUAUAUUCGAAAUAAUUUGUCUACAAUAUUUAAUUUAAAUAGAGGAUUGGUUAAGAUAUUCAUCUAUGUAUUUAUUCCGAACCUUCAUUCUAUAUUUAAUCUUAAAACGAUUUCCCCAAAUAUCCUAUAGUAGUCACAACUCUCAAGGAUGUGUGCCAACAUCUUAAACGCACACACUCGCACUGAAACACACCCAUGUUCAUUUUUGUGUAUGUUAAGUAGACGCCAUUUGAAAAAUGCCGAUACGUAUUAUGUUGCGUUACGCAAUCCGCAGUACGUUACUUUAGUGGGCUUCCCCGUCAUAAUUUGUUUAUGUCGUCAUCGUUUCAAGCAUUUCUCUGUUUUUUUAGGUCUGUACGAAUUUUGUUUAGUCGCUAAGUGAUAGACGAUACAAUAUUUGCAAGUUUAGGAUGAUACGAUCUACAAUACGAUAUAACGAUUACUGUAUACCUAUAUGAUAUAAUGAUAGUAUGGCCAGCCGCGAAAUAAUUAUUACGAAUUUAUGCGCAAAAACGAGCGAAAUAUAAGAAGCAAACAAGUAUUGCUAAAGACA